AUGGAUGGCAGCGAGGAUGAGUGUGUGAGCUUUUUGCAGUAUGUAGAGGACAUUGGCUUGAGGGCCUACGAUGAGCUGGUGAUCCAGAAUGCGUCAGAUAUUGCACGCGAGAGUGACCGAGUACGGAACCGCCAGCAUUGGGCAUACCUCCAGGACCAGAGCCAGAAGAAAAGACGUCAGGAGGAGGCCAUCAAGCGGAUGGGCGAGGAGGUGGCCGGGGUGGCAGAUGGAGGGGCUUACACGAGUAAACACUUCCGCAUGGGCUUCAUGACGAUGCCAGCUCCCCAGGAUCGGCUUGCAGCACCGAGCGGGCCCGGUUUCACCGUACGCUCCCAGUCUCUGCACUCAGUGGGAGGCAGCGAAGACGAGGGAGGCAGCCCGACCCUACGUAAACAACCUCCACCCAAACCCAAACGAGACCCCAGUACCAAACUAAGCAGCUCGUCUGAGACGGUCAACACCACACUCACCACAGGCAAGGAAGUGAGGGACAUGGAUAAGAGUGAUGCAUCCAAGAGUCGUCCAUGCAGUGAGGAAUAUCGUCGCAUGCCUCCACCCAAACCUAAGCGCAACCCCAACACUCAGCUCAGCACCUCUUUUGACGAGUCCUACAUCCAAAACCAUGGCACCAAAUUCAAGUCUGCUUCUCUGCCACGACGACAGAAGAAGAAGUCAAUGUCUCAGAAUCAAAGCCCUGCCUUGGACACUGAUGAGGAAGUGGAGCCAGUCUACAUAGAGAUGGUGGGAAACAUCCUCCGCAACUUUAGCCACUUUACUGGGGGUAAUGCUGAUGAGGAGGAUGAUCAGGGAGAAAGCGUAUAUGAGGAGAUGAAAUACCCCACCUAUGAAGAAGCUGCCCUUUCAACUGAUCAUGUCCAGGCACGCUGGGAGCCAAGCCUAGCUCCUGCGGUUUCAGAUGUAGACCUAACGCGAUCAUCAACCCCUCGUGGCUCACUUUGUGAUAUACCUGCUCCCUUUCCCAACUUACUGACUCACAGGCCUCCCCUGCUGGUCUUCCCCCCUGCACCUGCUCAGUGUUCGCCAAAUUCAGAUGAGUCCCCCCUUACCCCUCUGGACGUCACCAAACUUCCUAUGAUAGAGAAUGUUGGCUAUGGAAAACCUGGUUCUUCCCCGACAACUGGUGAUUCUGGACAACCCUUGCCAGCACAGCAGUCUUUGGGGCAACACCAACAUCACCAUCAUCACCAUAAGAAGUCAUUAGACAGUAAAGAAUCAUCAUCCACGCAUACAAUCACAGUGUCUGGACGUUCCUCGGCUCCACCUUUACCUUCAGCACUAUACAAGAGUGGUGGUUCCUCAGCAGCUCAUGGUUACCCUCGCAGCCACUCUGCCUGCCCAUCCCCUAUCAGCAUGGGCCGCUCUUUGACCCCCCUCAGCCUCAAACGUCCACCACCAUACGAUGCUCUAGUGACUGGCACGAUUCCCCGCAGUGCCUCUGGAGUGUCACACAGCUCCCACGAAAGUGGACGUCUUUCAAACUCCUCCAGUAUCCAUGGUGGAUCCAUGCAAAAUGUUUCCACUGCAUCAGGGGGAUCAGGGGGGUCUAGUUCAGGGUCAGGAGGCCGUGGAUGUCGAACACCAACCAGUCCACUGGAUGAGCUCAGCAACUUGCUUUCCUCUAGCAAGAACAUGCUGAGGAAAGGCUCUGGAGGGCGCAAGAACAAGGAGCUGAGUGAGAUUGAAGGGAAGACCAGGAGCCACAGUACUGACAGUAAAGAUAGAGCUCUCCGUAGCUCCUCCCCAAAAGUGCAGGAUUGGGACACGCCCUCAGGACAAUCUGCCACGCCCACUCGUCUAGGCCGCUCCUCCCUCAGCCCAACCACCAUGCUGGGGAGUGGAACCUCAGAACCAAAAGCUGCCUGUAAACUCGGCCGCUCCGCCUCUACAUCAGGAGUGCCGUCUCCGGGAGGAACGCCCCAGAGACACGCCCCAGAGUCCUCGUCCAGUCAGAGCAGGAGCCCAUGCCAGAUGCCCCCAAUGCCGUGGGCAUGCGGGGACAACACCAUGAUGGAGAUGAUCGAGAAGAAACGACAUCUUUGCAAGGAGAUCAAGGCACGACAGAAACCAGACAAGGCCCUGUGCAAACAAGACAGCAUGCCCAUCCUCCCCAGCUGGAAAAAGACCAACGGGGGCAAAAAAUACGGCCCUCCACCCUACUCAGCCCAGACCACAGUCUUCUGGGACACAGCGAUCUAA